UGGACAUUUUCAAAGUUAUUUCUCAACAAAAAUAGUAUAAUUAGAUACCUAUUAAAUGUUCAAUAUAACUGUUUAUAUGAGUAAUCUGUCUACAGAACUAUUUAGUUAAUUAGCACAAAUUAUCAAAGAGAUAGAUUUUCUGGUUUGCUAAUAAUUUUUGUUUCAAAAUAAAGAAACUAUAUUGAAUAUAUAUUAGAUCACUCCAUAUUCCCAAAAACCUUGAAUGAUUAAUAAGUGCAAUAAAAAUUAGAACAUUAAUAUAUAUAAUAGAAAGUAAUCGCUUGAUUACGAUUACAUUAAAUACUUUUAAAAUUACAAUUACGACUACACGCAAGAAACUUCCAAAAGAAUUUGUUUACCUUAAAUGACAUGUCAAAAUGUGAUUAAUUACAUUUGAAAGCGAUUACUGAUCACGAUUACCUCAUGUAAGCUUAUAUUCAUUCUUCCAGAUCAUGCAUCUAGUCACUAUGAUUAACUUAUAUCAAUAAGUUAUUGCAUAAUGUAAUUGUAUCAUUUCUAGGUUUAUGUGAUGAAAAAUGGUGCAGAAGUACGCCCAUUUGUCCGUGUGUGUGAGUCCAAAUACUCUCAAUAUUUUGAAUGGGCUUUGUACAUUACACAAGGUGCUCUUCUUACGUUCGGAGCAUUUCUAGCAUGGGAAACCAGAAAGGUAAAAAUAGAAGCACUAAAUGACUCACACGAGAUUGGACUUUGUAUCUACAACGUGAUUGUUUUAAGUGCAGUAGGCCUGAUCAUGACGUUACUGCUAGAGGACAAAGAUGUCUUGGUUUAUGUUAUUACAUCCGGUUGUAUUCAAAUUGGAACAACUUUGAUUGAGGUUGUCCUUUUCAUACCUAAGAUUCAUGCUAUAAAGACGAAAGUAGCGGAAAGUAUGACAAGAUCAUCUAUAGAAAGACCACCUAACCAGCCAGGAAAUAACCAACGUACAAUUCGGAUACGAAAUUUUUUUAUGAAAGACUAAACAAACUAACAGAAGCUCUGCGUGAAUAACGUACAACACUGCAUAACAUUGAGAUAAUAAUUUUGAAAGUACAAUGUAUUAUAUUUUGUUUAUUUGGAUAAUAUGUUUA